CUCUCUCUAUCACUUUCUGCGGAAACAAGGAAGAAGAAGAAGAAGAAGGAAAGGAGCUUUUAUUAUUACCUCUUCUCUCUAAAACUCAAAAAUGUCAAAUAAUUAAUGGUUUUGAUAUUGGAACCAGAUCUUCUUCUCUAUCUCUUCGACAAACCCUUUCUUCUGGGUUCUUCGGAGAGGUGAUCAUCAUCAAAUCUAUAUUAACAAUCUUAAAGCUCUUUCCUUUUUUUUCUUUCUUCUAAACAUGCCUUUACCUUGGAAGAAAUCUAAAUCGAGUCGGAUCUCUAGAUUCGUAUCAGACCUUCAACAAUCUCCUAAACAUGGUGGAUCUCUCGUUGUUGAAACUGGUUUCCCUACUUCUUUGAUCGAUCUCUUCGUCAAGAAUCGCGAUCGUCUCAAAAAACAAUCUUCUAAACGUGUUAACAAGUCUCAGACGGCUCAAACCGCUCCGCCACGACGGCGUGCUUCGUCUCCGCCUCCUCCUCCUCCUCCUUCUCUGUCUUUGCAGCGGCGUAUGUCUCUUCCUGUCAAGCUUGAUCAAGCUUUGGUUUCAGAGGAUCCUCCUUUGGUGAGUAAGCUCGAGGAGACUCCCGUGGAUAGACUUGCCGGUGGAGGAAACUGCGUUAAUCGCGGCGGAGGAGGAGGGUGUUGUGUAUUAAUGGUGGUGGUGUUUAAGGUUUUUAUGGUGGCUGUUCUAGCCUUGAGCACGAAGAAGCUCGCCGUGGGGAUAACUCUCUCUGCUUUCGCCCUUCUCUUCCUCGAGCUCGCGGUGGCGCGUCUCUUCACGCUCUUAAACCUCUGCCCCGACGCGCAGAUUCGUGUUGAUUCGUUGAUCGAGAAGCUCAUAGGGAAGCGACAUAAAGAGAAGCCAGAAGAAAAAGAAGAAGAGUCCACAUCGACGCAUGACAGAAGAAGAAAGGUCUCAUUUGAAAUAAUCGAAGAGCCUAGAGAGGAGAGUAGAGUUGUUGUUCCUCAACCGGAGAAGAGAUUGGAUUCGAAUUCGUUAACAUUAGAGAAGACGAAGAAACCUGUAGCUGAAGAGGAGAAGAAGGAAAUGCAGACGAUAAGGGAUGUGGUGUUUAAAACUGAGAAGAGUAAAAGCGCGAAGCUUAAAUCAAAGAUUGUGAAGAAGAUCGUGCCAAAGAAGUUAAGGAGUUAUAAGAAGAAGAAGAAGAUGAAGAUGAAAGAAAAAGAAGAAGAAGUCGAGGUUGAGGCUGAAGAAGAAGGGUCUACGACAGAAGUGUCUAGCUUGUAUUCAGAGGAGAGAGUCGAGAGUGAGAUCUCUGAGAGAGACGAUUUAUUAAGUUCGAAUCCGCCAUUGUUAGAGAGCUGUGCAGAGAUUGGUGAAGAAGAAGGAGAAGAGAUGAGAUCAAAAGGGGAUCUAACGAAAGUGAUUGGUCUGAUAGUGAUUGUUCUUGUUGGAUUGUUAAGUGGGAAAGUCUUUGCUAUUGGUCUGACACUAUCCUGGUGUCUGAUUCUCAGAGUCUUCUGCUCCUCCUGCAAAUCUCGAACCAGUCUCUAAAACAGAGAAGCAAAAAAAAAAAAAAAAGAUUCAACCUUUGGGUUUUGUUUUUGUUUUGUAUGUCCGUGGCAGUGGUGGGCCUUACGGAUCGCUGUUAGUUACUGAGCGGUAAAAGGACGGUGAAAGGGAGUGUUGGUUGUUGGUUGUUGUUGUGUGGGGUGGUUGGGCAGUUCGAAGCUAUAAACAAUUUGGUUUGCUUAUGAAACUGUAAAUUUUUUUGUUUUGUUUGUAAAACUUGUUAACAAGAGAAUAUAUUGUUAUUAUUAUAUGA